ACUAUACCCUAAGAUAGUUGGAGGUUUUUGGUUUCAUUCAAAGCAAAGGAAUUGUUCACAAAUACUCUCUUUUUUCUGUGAUUAUUCUGUGAUUUUGAUAAUCAUUACUUGGCUGCUGAGCUUCUUUUAUGAUCAAGUAUCUUGUUCAUCAGCAGUUUGAAGCCAUAAUCAGCAUUUGAAAGCUGAAGGCAGAAUGUCAUCUCGCAAUAGUGGCUAUAUGUCAGGCUCCAGCCAACAGCCGGGUGGAAGUGGAGUGGGCUCUCCUCAGUGCCUAAAACUCACAGAUCUUGACCAAAUCUGGGGUGACCUCAAAGAAGGAAUCGAACAGGUGUAUAAAGGGGAAGGCAUGUCCCGACCACGCUACAUGGAGCUCUAUACUCAUGUUUAUAAUUACUGCACAUCAGUUCAGCAACAGUCUACCAGCAAAUCCAACAGUGGGGCCGGACGCAGCAAGAAAUCUUCUGGUGGAGGCAGCAGUUGGAGUGCUGGAAGUGGUGCUCAAUUUGUUGGCCUUGAACUUUAUAAACGUGUUAAAGAGUUUCUUAAGAACUAUCUUUUGAAAUUACUCAAGGAUGGAGUAGAUCUAAUGGAUGAAGAGGUACUACGUUUCUACACCAAACAGUGGGAGGCGUACCAGUUCUCUAGUAAAGUUCUGAAUGGCGUUUGCGCUUACCUCAACCGGCACUGGGUGAAGCGGGAGUGCGAGGAAGGCCACAAGGGCAUUUAUGAGAUAUAUCAGCUUGCCCUUGUAACCUGGAGAGACCAUCUCUUUGCUCCUCUCAACAAACAGGUCACAAAUGCCGUAUUGAAGUUGAUUGAGCGCGAGCGAAAUGGUGAACCUAUCAAUACAAGACUUGUAUCAGGAGUUAUGAACUGCUACGUAGAGCUGGGUCUGAACGAAGAAGAUCCCAGCGCCAAGGGCCAGAUUCUCACGGUGUAUCGGAACCACUUUGAGAAAACCUUCCUCGAGGACACUGAACGCUUCUACACACGUGAGAGUAACGAGUUCCUCCGCAGCAAUCCUGUGCCUGAGUACAUGAAGAAAGCUGAGGCCAGACUAAUGGAAGAACGCAAGAGAGUCCAGGUUUACCUGCAUGAAACAACCCUGGAGAAGGUAGCAUCGACAGUCGAGAAGGUGCUGAUCAAGAUGCACCUGGAGGUGCUGCACGCCGAGUUCCAGCACCUGCUGCACGACGACAAACACGACGACCUCGCACGAAUGUUCCAGCUCGUUUCCAGGAUACCAGACGGCCUGCCUGAGCUGCGCAGUCUGCUGGAGCAGCACAUCAGCAACCAGGGGCUCUCCGCCAUCGACAGAUGCGGAGAGAGCGUCAUCAACGACCCCAAACUGUACGUGCUGACGAUCCUGGGCGUGCACCGCAAGUACAAUUCCCUGACACUCACCGCCUUCAACAACGACAUGGGCUUCGUGGCUGCCCUAGACAAGGCGUGUGGCAAGUUUAUCAACAACAACCUCGUCACGAGACCGCCAAACUCGUCCUCAAAGUCACCUGAACUUCUCGCCAAGUAUUGCGACUUGCUCCUCAAAAAGUCUUCCAAAAACCCAGAGGAAGCUGAACUCGAAGAUACGCUCAAUCAGGUAAUGAUUGUGUUCAAGUACAUAGAAGACAAAGACGUCUUCCAGAAGUUUUACAGCAAGAUGCUGGCCAAGCGUCUGGUGCAGCACAUGUCCGCCAGCGAUGACGCCGAGGCUUCCAUGAUCUCCAAACUCAAGCAGGCCUGUGGCUUCGAGUACACGUCCAAACUCCAGAGAAUGUUCCAGGAUAUCGGCGUGUCGAAAGAUCUCAAUGAACAAUUCCGCAAACACCUUGGCAACUCAGUAUCGUCUGGAGAGACUCUGGACUUGGAUUUCAGCGUCCAGGUUCUCUCAUCAGGAUCGUGGCCUUUCCAGCAAGGGCAAAGUUUCACUCUACCGCCUCAGAUGGAACGAUGCAUAUCACGGUUCACGACUUUUUAUUCAAAUCAACACAAUGGACGCAAGCUGAGCUGGCUCUACCAGAUGUCCAAAGGCGAGGUUGUCACCCACUGCUUCAGAAAUCGCUACACGCUUCAGGCUUCGACCUUCCAAAUUGCCGUGCUGCUUCAGUUUAAUUCUGGCACCAGAUGGACCAUAGGGCAGCUGCAGGCGAUGACGAGUAUCCCUCAGGACAUCCUCCUGCAAGUGGUGAGCAUUUUAUUGAAGGUGCGCCUCGUCGAGUGCGACGAAGGUGAGGACCUCAACAACCUCACCAGCGACUCCACCAUCUCGCUCUUCACAAACUACAAGAACAAGAAACUCAGGGUCAACAUCAACGUGCCUAUGAAGACUGAAAUGAAGAUUGAGCAAGAGCUGACGCAUAAACACAUAGAAGAAGACCGCAAGCUGCUCAUUCAGGCGGCCAUCGUGCGUAUCAUGAAGAUGAGGAAGGUGGCCAAACAUCAGCAGCUGCUGCUCGAGGUGCUGCAGCAGCUCACGCCGCGCUUCAAACCCAGGGUUCCCAUCAUCAAAAAAUGCAUAGACAUCUUGAUCGAGAAGGAAUACCUGGAAAGAAUAGACGGCCAAAAGGACACGUACAGUUAUCUGGCUUAGGCUUCGUAAUUUUUAGUGUGUAAACGAUAGUUUUUGAUUGCUUCGGCCGGCGAUCAAUCGGGGAAAUGUUUAUCGAUUGGUGAAAUGAGAGUGUCUCCUACGUUGUUUCGAGUCAGCAACGGCUACAUGUAAAAUGACAAGCAGCUAGCAUUUUAAUUUUGAAGUAUGAAUAAUUUAAAGAAAUUGUGAUUUCAUAGCAACAUAUGCUUCCUUCUUGCUUUGAAGGCUGCACGAUAUUGUCUCCAGCCGACCAUCUUUGUUUCUUACUUUCUCCCAGUGGAAAAGUAGAUAAAAGUAACAUUUUACGUAUGGUUGAGGUACCCUUGGGGAAUAUGAGCAAGAAUAUCUUGACAAAUUGCAUCCAAGGCAAAUGUUUUUAAUUCGAAGCAAAAUUUCUGUCUACAUAGAAUUUCCGGCUACGUGAUAGCUAUACAAGUUACAUGAAGCUGUCUUAGCAGGGAGUUCACCUAUGAUUUAACGACUACUUUCCGUACAUCUCUUAUAACCGAUGAUAUUUGUAUACAUAAAAUUUUUUGCUUUUUAUUGGUAUAUUGUGUUGCGACUUCGAUAGUAUUCAACAGGAUGGUGCGUCUCGGAUCUUAUAUUCAUCGAGUCCAGUAUUUUGAAUCGGAUUCGAGUGUCGCUACGCGUUUGAAUUCUGAGAAAACCGAAGUUUCUUUACGGUAUCUAUAAAUAUUCAGAGAAUUCGUUUACAUAUUUACGGUCUUUAUGGGAUUGAAAGCGUCAAUAAAUAUCCAGUUGUUUGUCUGCAAGAACUGAACUUGAUAAAUGCCGAAAACUCUAUAGAAUUCACUGGGUUAAUGAAACAGACUCGCUGUCUCCCACAUCCUUAUAAGUAAACGCAGAACCCUACCGUGAUAACUGACCCUGGAGAUAUGUUACAUCAAGUUGCUUGACGUUAAUAAGAGCACU